UGCAGCCUGGUCAAGUUUCUUUCUCAUGCCCGAUCAACAUUCAAAAGCUAUUACAAUGCUUUCCUCUUCAUACUGGAUUUUUUCCAAGUCUUCUGGAUCCAAUGAUAGCUGGACAAGUCAGUAAGCCCUCGCUGUCACUACGGAGUGAAAUGAAUGCAGAGUUGAGAGGUGAGGACAAGGCAGCUACUUCAGACAACGAGCUGAAUGAGCCCUUGCUUGCGCCUGUGGAAUCAAAUGACAGCGAGGACACUCCCAGCAAGCUCUUCGAGGCCAGAGGAAACACAGUGCUGCCUGAUACAAGCCCAGCAGACCAACACCAACCCAGUCAGUCCCAUCCUGCAUUCCCUGUUGGGCCUCAGCCACUACUGACAGCCCAACAGUUAGCCUCAGCAGUAGCAGGGGUGAUGCCAGGAGGCACUCCAGCCCUGAAUCAGCCAAUCCUUAUUCCUUUCAACAUGGCUGGGCAGCUGGGGGGCCAACAAGGACUCGUCCUAACUCUACCUACAGCAAAUCUCACCAACAUCCAAGGACUGGUAGCAGCAGCUGCAGCAGGAGGCAUCAUGACUUUGCCAUUGCAAAAUCUACAAGCUACCUCAUCCCUGAACUCCCAGCUUCAACAGCUUCAGCAUCUUCAGCAACUCCAGCAUCAUCAACAGCAGCAGCAGCAGCAAAGCCAGCAGCAGCAGCAGCAAGCUCAGCAGGCACAGACUCCACAGCCAACCCAGCAGACUCAGCAAUCACAGCCACAGCCAUCAGCACCACCACAGCAGACCCAAACACAGUCCCAGAGCCAGAGCCAACCACCUCCAGCCUCACAGUCCUCCAGCUCCCCUCAGAAACCCAGCCAGUCACCAGGGCAUGGCCUCCCAUCUCCUCUUACUUCACCAAAUCCACUGCAGCUGGUUAAUAAUCCACUAGCAAGUCAAGCAGCAGCAGCAGCUGCAGCAGCAGCUAUGGGCUCAAUAGCAAGCUCCCAGGCCUUUGGAAACGCCCUCUCCAGUCUUCAGGGGGUCACAGGCCAGCUCGUCACUAAUGCACAAGGACAGAUUAUUGGAACAAUCCCACUGAUGCCUAAUCCAGUCCCGUCCAGCCAGGCGGCAGGUGGAGCUCAGGGACUUCAGGUGCAGCCGAUAACUCCACAGUUACUGACCAAUGCCCAGGGCCAGAUCAUCGCCACUGUCAUCGGCAACCAGAUACUCCCAGUGAUCAAUACCCAGGGAAUAACACUAUCGCCGCUCAAACCAGGCCAGCAGCUCCAUCAGCCCUCCCAGACGCAAGUGGGACAAGCAGCCUCACAAUCCAAUCUCCUGCAUUUGGCUCACAGUCAAGCAUCUAUGUCUCAAAGCCCAGUGCGUCAGGCUUCCUCUUCUUCCUCCUCAUCCUCCUCCUCUUCAGCUUUGAGUGUUGGCCAGUUAGUCAGCAAUCCUCAGACAGCCACUGGAGAGGUGGAUGGGGUAAAUCUGGAAGAAAUACGAGAAUUUGCCAAAGCUUUUAAAAUCCGGCGCCUGUCCCUUGGCCUGACACAGACUCAAGUUGGCCAAGCCCUAAGCGCCACCGAAGGCCCAGCCUAUAGCCAGUCUGCCAUCUGCAGACACACCAUCCUGAGAAGCCACUUUUUCCUACCACAGGAAGCCCAAGAGAACACUAUAGCUAGCAGUCUGACAGCCAAACUGAACCCUGGCCUUUUGUAUCCUGCCAGGUUUGAAAAGCUGGACAUCACCCCUAAAAGUGCCCAGAAGAUAAAGCCGGUGCUUGAGCGGUGGAUGGCUGAGGCUGAGGCCCGCCAUCGAGCAGGGAUGCAGAACCUUACCGAGUUUAUUGGGAGCGAACCAUCCAAAAAGCGCAAGAGGCGUACCUCAUUCACGCCACAAGCCCUUGAAAUCUUGAAUGCCCACUUUGAGAAGAACACGCAUCCCUCUGGGCAAGAAAUGACAGAGAUUGCAGAGAAACUGAACUAUGACCGGGAAGUAGUUAGAGUUUGGUUCUGCAAUAAGAGGCAAGCACUGAAGAACACAAUUAAACGUUUGAAACAACACGAGCCCGCGACGGCAGUUCCUAUGGAGCCUUUAACAGACUCUCUGGAAGAAAACUCCUAAACGCAAAACCAAACAAAGCCAAAUCACACAGAAAAAAAACCCCACACCAACCGAAACGUGUCCAUUUGAACUCUGUGAAAAUUCCUAUUCAUCACCCUUGUAAGUAAAAGACUGAGAAAACUACAAGAAGGACAGAACAGUUUAUAAAUGUCCGUGGGUUUUCCUAUUUAAAAAAAAACAAAACAAAACAAAAAAAAUACACAACACUUAGAGUGUGUGUGGUAGAAUUAGUUCCCAAAAAAUCCCGAAAAAGCCAGUUUUUUUAAAUGGACUUAAAGUAAACCAAAUAACUGCUUAAUUUUUUCUGUAUAUUAUGAAAAUAUGAACACAUUUUAAGGAAAAACAAAACAAACAACAAAAGGGAAAAAAAAGAAAAAAAAAGAAAAAAACUUUUAUCUGUUUAAAAGAGAAUACAAGCCUGCCACCUGGAGGAGUGAUUGUAGCCUUUCAGGUAUCAAGUGCUGAUUCACUAUGAAAACUAUUAACCAAAGUCAGAAACAUGGCAUUGCAAACUAGAUUGUUAGUGUACUCUUUUAUGAGUGUAAAAUUGUGUUACAAAUUUUUGCAUUUGUAUUUUGCAAAGAGGAAUACAGGAUUAAUUUCUCUCAUCCUUGUUUGUACCCCCUGCAGGUGUGUACAAAGCCAUUCCGUAGUAGUCACCUCAUUUUCUUUUCUUUCAGUCAACAGUUUUUCAAUCUUCUAAUGUUUGGGUGCCAAAAAUAAUUACUUUUUAUUGUGAUUUGUGGGGUUUGAUAUUUCUCUUAUAAGGGUGUAUGUCUUUUUUUGCAUUUCUUUUUCUGUUUUUUUUCCUGAUUCUAUUUGCUGCCUCCUCCCGUCCAGCUCAUUCUCCACCCCUGCCUCAAGCCCCCCCAAACCCAGUACUGUUUGAAGAGUUUUUAAAAAAAAGUGAAAUCUGAACACUUUUAUAUGCUGAAAUGCAAUGAAGACAAAGAAGGAUUAGGAUUAUGUCUGAUGGACUGUCAAGCCCACACUGAACAUUGUGCUUUUUGUCGAAUGUGUAGCUUGAGAUUUCUCUGUCCUUUAGCCGUGAACCUGGAGAGGUUACCAAAACUCAUUUUGUAGUAUAAAUAUAAACUGCACACUUGGUACAGUACUGCAUCUAUAUUAUGGUUCCAUUUGAAGCAAUUUCUCUCCAAAGUCUGCUAGCCAAAGAAGUUUCUUGAGGUUCUGAUGAAAACAAAUGGACAGGCUGAGAAGUGAUGAGGAUAUUUUGAUCAUCACUUCACUGUGGACAAUUCGAAUGAUAGUGCUUUGUUCCUUCUGGCUUUUUUUUAUGUCAUAUUGAUGCUUGCCCUGUUGACUUCUUUAGUAGGAAGAUGUGCUUCUGCAGAUGUUUGCUGUGGCCACUGGCUAGACUAAACAGUUGGGACAUAGGGAAAACCACUGAAUAUCCCUUGAUAAUAUAAGGUGGGUCACCUGCAAUAUGAUUCUGGUGAACUGAUUUUUCUUUAAAGACAGUUCAUCUCUGUGGCUUCCUUUCUGAUUGGACAAG